AUGCUACAGUCUCAAUACAAAAGAACACAAAAGGAAACCAUCGAACAGCAAAAUACAACGCCUGUAUACCAAAGUGGGGUAGAGGCGUCCCAGACUAACCAGCGACGGGAACUUGUUAAAGUUCCAAUAACACAUAACUCUACAGUGCAAUCCAACGGCAGUAGACGCGACAGCCACACGAGGCCGUACGUCUUCAAACCGUCACAUAAUGAAGACAACUCUCCAGAAGAUCCAACGUUACCAGCUGAACCUGAUGUAAAACAAGGGCCACUUGCGCCAUGCGCUCCAGCUAGAAAUAGUUUAAGAGAUACAGAACCACGUCAAUCAGUGUUCAAAGAAACCCCGCAGCCACCUAGUGAUGAAUGUACCACUAUUGUGAAAGACCGUUGUGCACCUGUUUAUGAUGAAUAUCCGUCUGACUAUGAAGACAACGAAUUUGAGCCACAAGUAGAAGAGCAGGACGACUUCGAUGAUCAGUCGAUUAAAAAUUUUUAUGAUGAAGCUUACGGGAAGAGUCUAAUGUCACCGCCAUCGAAAGAAGAAGAAGUGGCAGAUGUAUGUGAGAGGGAUCCCCGAAAGAAACGUGUUUGUGACGAUGGAAAAGAAGAAAAACAGCAUAUUGAAGAAAGACGGGAGACUCGAAGAGGGAGUGAAGGUCUAGGAAUUCACGAAAUGCCAGGCAAGCGAGUAAGCGAACCCAGGCGAGAAAGUCAAGCCAGACGGAAAAGCCAAGGCAGACGGGAAAGCCAAGCCAAAUGGGAAAGCCCCGUCAGACGACAAAGCCAAUCCAGAAGAGAAUCUCAAGUCAAGCAAGAUGGUCAAUACAGAAGAGAAAGCCAAGACAGACAAGGUGGUCAAUACAGAAGAGAAAGCCAAGUCAAACAAGAAGGUCAAUUCAGAAGAGAAAGCCGAGUCAAGCGUGAUAGUCAAUCUAGGAGAGACAGCCAAGUCAGGCAAGAUAGUCAAUCCAGAAGAGAAAGCCAAGUCAAGCAAGAUAGUCAAUCCAGACGAGAAAGUCAAUCCAGAAGGGAAAGCCAAGAGAAGCACGAUAGUCAAUCGAAAAGAGAAAGCCAAGUCAAGCAAGAUAUUCAAUCCAAAAGAGAAAGCCAAGACAAACCUGAUAGUCAAUCCAGAAGAGAAAGCCAAGAUAUGCGAGAUAAUCAAUCCCGAAGAGAUAGUAUAUUCAGACGCGAAAGUCAAAUCGGGAAAGAAAGCCAAAUGAUGCACGACAGAGAAAGACUAGAAAGAUUUGAAAAGUUACAAAGACAAAACAUACGAGAAGCGAGAAAAAGCCAAAGUAGACGGGAAAGUCAAGACGAUAAGUCGAGAUCAUCAGGGAAACAAAUGACUAAAUUGAAAAUUAAAAUGGGUAAACGAGGUUCGGACACGGACGGAGGAGGCUCGGGAAAUGUCGACUGCGAGUGCAGCACGUUCAAUCGGAAACUGAAUUUCAAGACAGUAAAAGAUAUAAGCGGCUAA